AUGGGGGGUGACAGUGAGUGGGGGGUGAUGGGGGGUGACAGUGAGUGGGGGGUGAUGGGGGGUGACAGUGAGUGGGGGGUGAUGGGGGGUGACAGUGAGUGGGGGGUGAUGGGGGGUGACAGUGAGUGGGGGAUGGCGGGGGGUGACAGUGAGUGGGGGGUGAUGGGGGGUGACAGUGAGUGGGGGGUGAUGGGGGGUGACAACUUCAGCGGCCACACAGGGGCGGCUCUGAUUCACUUGGAGGAGGACGCGCCAAGGGGUGGGUGGGUGGGAGCCCUCCUGCAGACAUUCACAUGUCUGUCUCUCUCUGUCCUUUCCAGCUGCCUGCAUCUCUCUCUUGACUCCCCCCCGUCCUCAGACCGCAUGAGCCAUACCGGCAUGGCUCUGAUUGACUUUGGGAAGAACGCGCCUGCCCUUGAUGGAGGCUGGGAGGCCACAUCCACAUGCCUGCCUCUUUACUUCAAGGGCCAUACUGGCAAAGCUCUCCUUCUCUUUGAGGAAAACGCCAAGGGGUGGGAAGCCGCCUCGAAGCUGGACAAGACAUAUAGCCAGGCAGGGUUGGGGAGGAAGGGGUUCUCUAAUGGGAGGAGGGGCGAGACCAAGGAGUUGUUCGCGUGGGCGGCAAGGGAGCAGGAUUUGAAGGAGGAGAGUGAGAAGGGGCCGCUGGGGAGUGUGCUGCACAAGAAGCACAAGGCGACCAAGAGCUUGAGGGAGGUGUUGGACGAAGAGGAGUCAGUGAAGCGGCAGCAGGAGAGGGAGGAGAGGCGCGUGCAGGAGCGCGCGUAUAUGCGCCUAUCAGAGCGACUGCAGGACACAGAGGGGCGGCUCAAGGAGAUGGAAGAUUCUGCUAUGCAACUCAGGAAGAAGCACGAGCAAGAGUUGGCAGAGGCACACGCGCACACACAGGAGGUGGUGGAGAGGCAGAUGAGGAAUCGCAUGCGCGAGGUGCGGCGUAUGGAAGGAGAGGUGGAGUGGCUGCAACAACAGCUGGAGGCGAAGAGUGUUGACGAGAAGAAGACGAGGCGGAGGCUGGAGGAGCUGACAUGGAAGCUGAAGCAGCAGGAGCAGCAGGGGGAGCUGCAGCAGCAGCAGGCUCAGAGGCGAGCGCGCGAGAUGGAGGAACUGGAGGGGAUGUUUCAGCAGGUGCGGCUGAAAGUCGAGCAGAAGCACCGAAUGGAGAUACAGGUUGAGGAGGCCAAGGGCAAGCAGGCAGUAGCGGGGGUGGGGGAGGGGGAGGGGGAGGGGGAAUUGGAGGGGGAGGGGUCUAAAGAGGCGGAGGAGAGGCUGAGGCGGCUGGAGGAGGAGUUGGAGGAGGCGAAGGAGAUGGUGGAGGAGGAACAGGACCGGUUCUUUCGCCUGUCGGUGGUUGCGCGGGUCAAGGAUGACGACGUGUUGAAUGCCCGGAAGACCGCGCUCGAGUUUCUGAAGGAGCAUCAGAAGCAUCUCAAGGCAGUGACCCUCCCAGGAGUACCCGAGCUGGUGAACAACCCUCCUGUGCGCCCCCAGACCGUGGGGCUGCUCAAGAAACCCCUCUGGCUCAAGGCCUACACGGCCUGCCGCACAUGCAAGGCGUGCCCCGAGUGCCGGGCGAAUAAGGCACUUAAAAAGUGCGAGCGGUGCAGGGCGUGUGGGGCGUGCAAGGAGGGGAUGGAGGGUCGGGAGGAGCGGGACCCCAACUGGCAGGCGGAUUUCACUGUCAAGUUCUCCGCGUGGGAGGAGCUGAUCAGGUCCACUGAUUAUGACUUUUUCCGAGUCCAAGAAAUAGAUGGAGUUGCCAAGCGUGUGUUCAACAGCACAGACGAGCUGGUAGCCAAGGCGAUGAGAGAGAUUGAGGCCGAUUUCGCGUGGGCGGGAGUGGCGGAUUUCAAGCGAGCUGCCGCAGAAAUCGAAGAGUACAACGCGAGUGGGCGGUACCCUGUUCUUCUGCUGAGCAACACAGUGGAGUGGAGAGGGGUGGAGAAUGGUUAUGGGGGAGGUAGAGGCGAGGUGAGCACUGCUGGCAAUGGCGGUGGUAGGGGUCUGGGCAGAGGUGGACGGGGAGGGCGGGGAUAG